AUGUCCAAGUUGGUUGAUUCCAGUACAAUUCGGGUUGAACGUAAGAAAAGUCCACAUGGGUUCGACAAAUCGUUCAAAAAGACGACCAAAAAACGGCCACGCAUUUUCGAGUCCGAUGAAGACACGACAUUGAAAAAACUGAAAACCGAGAAACGUGGUUCAAACGGUUCUGCCACAGUUUAUGAUGAAGAUAUAGAAUUGCGGGAAACCCAAAAGCGACAGGCGAACGGUGUAUCGUUGAAAAACCCGAAAUGCGAAAAGCGGCUGGCGAAUAAUUCUGCUACAGAGACUGAUAGAGACGUAAGGGCCUCAUCGAAAAAACCUGAAACCAAAAAACACCGGGUGAACGAUUCUGCCACAGAGUCUGAUGAAGACUCGUUGAAAAAACGGAAAGCCGAUAAGCGGCAGAUUAUAAAUUAUGACAAUGCAUCGUUGGACUGUCCUUUUUGUAAAUGUUCUUCCACGCCACAACCGAAAUCUUCAAAGAAACACGGCGUGUUCCUUGACAUUAACAAUUUUAAGAGGCAUUUACUUGGCAUGCAUAACAUAACAAGUCUGAGCAUUGCAGCUGAUAAACAGGCGAAUGAUGGUGACAGUAAGGCACUAAAACAACCAACCACGAAUGCGACUGAAAAGGAGGGAAAAUUGGCAAAUGGCAAAAAUCAAACUGACAAAAAGUUCAAUGUUGGUGACGGUAUAGCCUCCCUGCAGUCGGCCGCUGACCGGGUAAAAAAUAAGAAACGCAAGAGCUCAUCUUUAAACGAUCAAGACAGCGCAACUGACCGAAACGGUAGUGGUAGUGAUGUUGACGCACCUAUGGAGCAACCGGCCGCUGAUCAGGCACAAAACGAAAAUGGUAUGAGCAUUGCACCUGAUAAACAGGCGAAUGAUGGUGACAGUAAGGCACUAGAACAACCAAUCACAAGUGCGACUGAAAAGGAGGGCAAAUUGACAAACGGCAAAAAUCAAACUGACAAAAAGUUUAAUGUUGGUGACGAUAUAGCCUCCCUGCAGUCGGCCGCUGACCGGGUAAAAAAGAAGAAACGCAAGAGCUCAUCAUCAAACGGUACUACCGAAAACGUGGGUGAUGGUGAGGCCACCACAGAAGAACCAAGCACCGACCUGGAAAAAAAUAAAAAGUGGAGUGCAUCACCAAACGAUCUAGACAGCGCAACUGACCGAAAUGGUAGUGAUAGUGAUGUUGACGCACCUAUGGAGCAACCGGCCGCUGAUCAGGCACAAGAAGACAAUGGUCGAUGUAAUGGUUUUAUUGGUAGUCUGAGCAAUGCAGCUGAUAAACAGGCGAAUGAUGGUGACAGUAAGGCACUUCAACAAUCGGUCAUGAAUGCGACAGUAAAAGAGGGCAAAUCAACAAACGGCACAGCAGCUACCAAAAACGUGGGUGACGAUGAAGGAGAGCCCACUACAGAUCAAUCGACUACCGACCCGGAAAAAUAUACAAAAUCAAGCACAUCACCAAACGAUCUAGACGGCGCAACUGACCGAAAUGGUAGUGAUUGUGAUGUUGACGAACCUAUGGAGCAACCGGCCGCUGAUCAGGCACAAAAAGACAAUGGUACUGCCGACGAAGACUUUCUAUCAGGACCUGAGAUUGAAUCCAGUUCCGACGAAGAUGACUUCAUCGAAGGAGAAGAGUCCGAAGAUUCAUCUGAAAACUCCAGUGAAGACGAGUUCAAAGAUGCAGAGAGCAUCAGCGAAAAAUCCGAAGAACGUGUACGUCGGAAACGUUCCUUGAACCGGCAUGUUCCUAAGCGACAAUUUACACGAGCAACCAAACAAACCGGCGGAACGGUAAAGAAAACCGGCGGAACGGUGAAGAAAACCGGUCGAACGGUGAAGAAAACCGGUCGAACGGUGAAGAAAACCGGCGGAACGGUGAAGAAAACCGGUCGAACGGUGAAGAAAACCGGUGGAACGAUGAAGAAAACCGGUGGAACGCGAGCUUAA